AUGGGUUUGCUUUCAAUUUUAAAGGAAAAAGAAUGUAUUAACAAAAGACGAAAAAAAUCAACAAAAUCAAAAUUCGAAUGUGAACCUCCGACGUGUCUUACAGUACUGCUAGCACUGAUUGGGUACUACAUUCUUAUAGCAAUCGGAUUUUUAAACAAAUUUCUGUUUCCUUCAAAAGUAGUAGAAGAGAAAAACAGAAAAGGUUACGAAAACAUUCUUGAUAGCUACACUCCGUUUUAUUUAAAAUACGUAAUUUACCGAUUUAAAGACUGCAUUCAGAGGACCAUAUGUAGUAGUGCAGGACCUGAAGUGACUUUAAAAGAGCGAGUGUUUACCACAGACUCACAGUAUCGUGCCGUAGGUGCCGAGUACAAGUGUUUAAAUUUGGGCUCCUACAACUACUUAGGAUUUGCCGAAAAUUCUGGGCCUUGUGCAGAAAAUGCAAUCAAAUCCAUAUACCAAUAUGGUAUUAGCACUGGUAGUUCUAGGGUGCAGAAUGGGACAUGUGCCUUACAUGAUGAGGUUGAAAAACUCCUGGCAGAAUAUUUAGGAGUAGAAGAUUCCGUUAUAUUCGGAAUGGGUUAUGCCACGAAUGCGUUAACUAUACCUACAUUUCUGUCGGCUGAAUGUUUGGUACUGAGUGAUAGACAUAAUCAUUCCAGCGCGGUGUUUGGUUUUAAACUAUCAAAAGCAACAGUAAAAAUAUUUGAACACAAUGGUACCAUAUGCCCCCUACCGACUAUAAUAGCUCUCAAGAAAAAAUACAAAGCCUAUUUAUAUUUAGAUGAAGCUCAUAGCAUAGGAGCUCUAGGUAAACGAGGAAGGGGAGUUGUGGAUUAUUAUAAUUGCAAUCCUCACGAUGUGGAUAUGUUAAUGGGAACUUUUACUAAGAGCUUUGGUGCUGCAGGUGGAUAUAUAGCAGGAAAAAGGGAUCUCAUUACAAAUCUUCGGCAACAUACAUAUGCUUCCAAAUAUAGUUGGGCGGUGUCUCCUCCAGUUGCUGCCCAAAUAGUGACAGUGCUUAGAAUACUCAUGGGAAAAGACAGCACUAGUGAUGGUAGAAAUAGAAUUGACAGGCUGUCACGAAACACGAGGUACUUCAGAUUGCGAUUAAAACAGAUGGGUUUAGUUAUUUAUGGAAAUGAUCAUUCCCCUGUUAUACCUCUCCUAACUUAUCAUUAUUCCAAGUUUACGUAUUUGAUUCGAAGGCUAUUGGAAGAAAAUAUUGCGACAGUAGGUGUGACUUAUCCUGGAACGAGUUUCUUAAAAACGAGAUUAAGAAUUUGCUUAUCUGCAGGCCAUACCAAAGAUCAGCUGGAUUAUGCUCUUCAGGCAAUCGACAAGAUUUCAGAUGAAAUUGAUUUAAGAUAUUCAAGAAUAGCCAUUGACAAAACACCGGCAGCGUGGGAUGACAAAGAAAUAUAA